CGAAUUCAUACCGACCGCCUCCUCUCUUCCUCUUCCUCUUCCUCUUCCUCUUGGAAUGAAGCUUGAAGACCUGGGCGACCUCGGAUGACGGCGCUGCGGGUGGAGGUGGAGGACGUGAUCGAAUUCCUCCGGACGCGAGGAUUCUCCGCGGCCGCCGCUGCUCUCCGCGACGACCUGCUUUCGCGCCGCUCCGCUGGCGAGGCAGCCGACCUUGACCUUGACCUUAACGUAGGAUUCGAUCUACCUCCUCUGAAGCUUUCUCCUCUGACCCGUGGAGGUGCAGGCGUCGCCGAGAGUUCGCCUCCCAGCGCCUCCUCCAGCUCCUCCGACGCGUUCGUCAGCAUUGGCUCAUCGCCCUCGGAGCUUUUGAAUCCUUACGGAGUAUGGUCACCAGCUCGGUCUAGAUCUGAUGAGGAGUCAACCGAUGGGCACUCGAACUUUGGAACUGCCAGAGAGUACAAUAAUUAUUGGUAUGAUGACCAGCUUGGAGGAUAUUACGAUAAUCCCUUCUUCGUGCAGAAUGAUUCUGAACGAUUACAUAUGGAGGACAAGUUCAUCAUGUCUAGAGAGGAAAAAAAUCUGUUUGAGAAUGAAACUCACGAUACUUUUGAUGUUCUAGCAAAUGAUCAUAGGCAUGAGCAUGACGAUGUCGAUUGUCAGGGAUGUGCUAAUAUCUAUAAUUGUCCUUUCCCAAUUUGCAAUUGCUGCAAUGGAUCCAAAAAUUGUGAAAGUGGUGAGGUUGCUGAAAUGGUGAGGAGCACAAGCUUUGCUAUCUACGGACGUUAUCAGGUCUUGGAUGACCAGACGGAGAGGUUGGAUGAAUGUGGAGAGAAUCAGUUUAAUUUCAUAAGGAAACAUGACCAUCCAGAUACUAUUGUCCUAGAACAUGAUCUGUUUCACGAUAAAAGUCAAGUUGAAGGCAAAGAAUGCUCAGGAUCAGAUUUAGCAGCGGAAAAACUGCAGACUUUAAAUGCCAAUGCAGUUGCUGAUAGUGGCUUUACAAAGUCCGAUACUAAAAUAUAUAAGGAUAUUGUAGGAGAUUCUUAUGCCAGAGACUUAAUUUUUUUAGGCAAGAGAGAUGAUGGAGAGUUGCAAAGGGAAUCUUUCAGUUUACCAACACUUGAAGAGGUGUCUAAACAAGAUGCAAAUUCUGCAUAUGGACAUGGGGAUGACAAGACAGUUGACAAAAAACUAGAGGAAUCUGAGGCUGUUGAUGGGGAAUUAGAGGGUGAUAUUGGUGACAAGCUUCAUUUUCAUGCUUCCUCUGAUGAUGAACUGGAAGUAUUUAAUUUGAGAAUAAUUCACCGCAAAAACAGAACUGGCUUUGAAGAAAAUAAAGAGUUUCCAGUUAUCCUGAAAUCAGUUAUAGCAGGCAGAUACUAUAUCACAAAGUAUCUUGGUUCGGCUGCAUUUAGCAAGGUUGUUCAGGCGCAUGACCUCCAUACUGGAAUGGAUGUAUCCCUCAAGAUAAUAAAGAACGAUAAGGAUUUCUUUGACCAGAGUUUAGAUGAGAUUAAACUUCUCAAGUUUGUUAAUAAGCAUGAUCCUUCUGAUGAGCAUCAUGUAUUGUGCCUUUAUGACUACUUCUACUAUCAGGAACAUCUUUUCAUUGUAACAGAGUUAUUACGGGCUAACCUCUAUGAAUUUCAGAAGUACAAUCAUGAAUCUGGUGGUGAGGAAUACUACACAUUGCCUAGAAUACGGGCUAUAGCUCGACAAUGUCUAGAGGCUUUAGAGUUCCUCCACCAUCUAAGGAUAAUUCAUUGUGAUCUGAAGCCUGAGAAUAUCCUUAUCAAGAGCUAUAGAAGAUGUGAAAUUAAGGUUAUUGAUCUCGGAAGCAGCUGCUUUGAGACAGACAACUUAUCUGUAUAUGUGCAAUCUCGUUCUUAUAGAGCCCCGGAAGUUAUCCUAGGUCUCCCUUUUGAUCAGAAGAUUGAUAUUUGGUCUCUAGGUUGCAUCCUGGCUGAACUGCACACUGGUAACGUGCUAUUUCCAAAUGACUCAGUCCCCUUGAUACUUGCUCGGAUAAUGGGGAUCCUUGGUCCAAUUGAUGAGGAGAUGCUUGUACUGGGACAGGAAACGAGCAAAUAUUUCACUGAAAGUUUUGAUCUAUAUCAUCUGAACGAGGAAAUGCAUCAAAUGGAGUACCUGAUACCAGAGAGGUCCUCAUUGUCACAACAGCUGCAAGAUUCCGAUACUGAAUUUGUUGAUUUCCUUUCUUAUUUGCUCCAAAUAAACCCUAGUAGGAGACCAACAGCUAGUGAAGCACUGCAACAUAGAUGGCUUUCCUUCUCGUACCAUUGACAAAUGAGGUUUCACACUUUUGCUAGGCAUUCACAUCAGCAAAGGCAGAUCUAACCUAGCAUGCACAUAUCUUAUAGUAACUUUUGUUGUUGUUGUUGUCAUCGUGAGUAUGUAGUUUGGGUAUGCAAUUUACCACACGAGCAUUGUACGUGUACAAACCAUGUAAAUAUUUCAUAGUUGUAUUUCUUUUUUGUCCUGAAAGCAAACAAAGUGUUGUGUGAUUAUGUAUUUGAUUUCUGCAUCAGGAUAUUGUGAUUUGAGUUCAUGUUCCUUUGUGCACAGUUGCGAGUCCUGGAGAGUUUCCAGCUCGCCUAGAACAGAUUUAGCUUCAUUAAUCAUAAGAGCUUGACAGAUUUA